UCGAGGUAUAACUACGUCUCGUUCACGCGAACAACGCGGCUUAAAGUUCUGCUCUUCGUCACAUUCUUAAGUGAAGUGAAACUUGGAUAAUAUUGAAAUUUGUAUUACUGUUUUGUGAAUUCUAAAUAGAUACUUUUUGGAUUUCAUCGCCAGAGAUUCACAGACUUUGUUUCCUCUUUGUAAGCCGGUGCACUAAUUGAUGUUUGCGGAGAUUCAACGGGUGCUAUUUUGUCGGCUGUGUAAAUAAAAGUACCGUACGUUCACUGACAUAAAGAGUGAUACAAUGGUAUAAACUGAACAGAGAUGCGGUGGUUCAGAAAAGGCGAGCCGCCGCGGUUGCUAGCCGUGUCGCCCGAAACUGAAACGCGCACUACACGCAGGUCCCGAAUUGAUGUAUCGCCUGCGCGCUAUCCUCAGAGAAAAAGUAGUGGCAGUUCAGUGGAAACCAACUUCUAUAAUCUAAAUGAUCAAGUCAUAAUAGUCGAAAAAUCACCUCAUCGAAAAUAUGGUAGUAAUGUUGACACCCCAAUUACACGUCAUAUAUCGCUACAAAGUGGUCCCACUUCACCGCAAGAUAACUACAACGCUAGUCGCAGUAACCGCGGAGGCUCUUUGGAAAAAGAAUACAUGAUUUAUCGAGAAAAACGCAACCCAUUACUGGACAAAGUAAAAAACACAAAACUGUCGUGUUUCAAAUCAAAUGGGCCUUUAAGACAUGCUGAUGAUGCUGCAUCUACAUCUGGAAGCGAUUGCAGUGGAUUUGGACAUAUUGACGAUAUUAAUCAAUGUCGAUACGCUGCUAACUACCAAGAAACACACAUAGAUUUAGAUAAUCAAAAUCCGUGGGUUAAAAUGCCAAAUUACGACGAUGAUGUAUUUUUUGCUAAAAGUGUGACUAGUCCUGUCGAAUCUAAUUGGAGAGAAAAUAAAUCUUUCUCCAAUAGAGGUGCUAGAUGUUAUAGCUCUGGAUCGGAGUGUGACCGCUAUCACAUUAUACCGAAAGUAGGAGCAAAGCUUUCAAAAUCUAGUGAUCAAAUUUUCAAUGAUGAUUUUGAACAUUAUGAUGAUACACCUGUUAUUAUAAAAUCUCAGAAAAAGACUGAUAAAUGUAAGAUUAAAAAUGAAAGAGAUACAAUUGGACCAAGUUCCUGCCUAUCUGCUAAAUUAAGAGCAAUGUCAGAUAGAUAUUUGAAAUCGUCUACAACUAAAAUACUAUCAAAAUUAUAUAAACAAAACGAGGGAAAUGAAGAAGUAAAUGGCAGUAACGAUAAUAUUUUAAAAUCAAGCAGUAGUAAUAAAAAAGCUAAAAGACGAGGUGGUGUUAAAGCCAAACUGAGAAGCUUUUCAUAUGGUGCAUUACCAGGUUUAGAAGAAUUUCAAAAAGGCCAUAAUUCGGUAUUUCACGAUGAUGUUUAUCAGGUGUUUUGUGAUGACGAGAACGCAUUAAUACAGGAUUGCGAAGAUGCUGACUCUGGUAUCCUAGUCAACGAAUCUGCAGCUUCUUCGAUAUUUGACAGUGACAGAAUCUCAUCUCGAUGUGAGAGUUCAGCUUCACAUAUAAACCCGGUUCCCCCUUGCCAUGGUAGAAGUGUAUCAGGAGACCAAAGUUAUAUAAAAGUAAGAACUUCUGGUAGAAAGAGUCGAGAUAGGAGUGAUUGUCCUAAACCUAGGCCGCGACAUACCCAAAGAGCUUUAUCAUUAGACCGCAAAGAAAUACUUAGGCGUAUGCCAAAGAAUAAUAUCGAUUCCGAACCUCAAUAUUUACAAUUGACUGAAAAACAAAAAAUGCGACAAAGGGAUGGUAGUCAAGAUUCUGGAAUUCCUCCUAUUCCACCUUGUAGAAAAUCAGAUAAAGACAAGUCUAACAAAAUACAUUCAGAAUUUAAAGUGGUUAAAAUAUUGAGGAGAAAUCCAUCUGACGAAUUAGGCAUUUUUAUUGCCAAAACAAAGCUAUCAGAUGAAGGUCAUAUAGGAUAUCUUGUUGCUCAUGUCGUACCAGGUGGAUUAGCAGAAAAAGAAGGCACUCUUCGAAUAGGCGAUGAACUACUCAACGUUAACGGCCGCCGUUUACGUGACCUCACUAUGUCGGAAGCCAAGGAAGCACUGAGAUCAGGUUCAUCGGAAAUAGAUAUUGUCAUUUGCAGGCAACGUGAGAAACCACAGACAGACGCAAGACAAAGAGAGCAAUCGCAACGGACUGCUAUAAUAAUGCGCGAAAGUUCUGUAGAUUAUGAAAAUGCAAUAAUAUUAGGAAAGGAAAAACGUGUAGAUAAACAUGACGUCAGGAUAGAUCGACAGCGAACACAGGACGAGUCAGCUUGUAAUCGCCGCGCGCUAUCAACUGCGGACGAGGCGACCGACAACGCACCCGGCGCACACACACACUUCCUCAAAGGCCAGAACGCAAGCUACAGCAGCAUGAAUAACAAGCUGCUCCGCCGGCAAGUCGUCAGUUACAGUGGCGCGAAUAAAGACGGGCUCGCACUGAGCUGCGCCGGUGAUAUCGUGGACGUUGAUGUACCUGACGGUGUUUCGGAACGGAUUAAAGAGAGAAACAAUAGUGGAAGUGCAACACAAACCCCUAAUGCGGCGAAUUUCUGUACACUACCACGUAAACCGCGAGCACCGACGCACACUUAUCAUACUAUAACGUUUGAGAAAGGACAAGGAAAGAAACCACUCGGCUUCACCAUUGUGGGGGGACGCGAUUCACCCAGAGGUCCACUCGGUAUCUUCAUUAAGAGCAUCCUACCACAAGGGCAGGCAGUCGAUAAUGGCCAAUUAAAAGCAGGUGACGAGGUGUUAGCGGUAAAUGGACAAGCGUGUCAUGAGUUGGCUCAUAUAGAGGCUCUCGCACUGUUUAAAGCCGUUCGUAAUGGAACUAUCGAACUGAGAGUCUGUAGGAGAGUUAAGAAUGCACAAUCUGCCAAAGCGAAAUCCUGCACGGACUUACUGAACGAUGAAUAGUAGUUGUGUUUGUAAUAAUAAUAAUGACUAUAAGUUACAAAACUAUUUAAUUAUGCAUGUUCACGUAGCCAUAUUAUUAGGACAGGAUUGUUAACACUGCAAUUUCGGAAUUAAAUAUAAUUAUUUUGUAAUUUCAUGUUGAAAAUGUGACAUGUUGUACUCAUAGUGCAGAAUUUAUUAGUUGUUUACUAUAAUAUUAACUUACAAAAAAUUCUUAAUAGUAAGUUAAUAUAUAUACAUACUGUUGAAUCUGCUAUAAAAUAGCUAAUAACUUUCUUUAAGACCAUUCAUAAAAUACGUCCAUAGACAAGGCUAACCGUUUACCAUCAGAUGAACCGUAUGCUUGUGCCACCUACGUGGUAUAAAACAAAACGUUACGCGUUGAGAGUGAUAAAUUGUGACACUAUAUGUAUUAACAAAAAACUUAAAAAUGUUUCCAACUUCAACUGUUUAAUAUAAGAUUUACAUUGUUUUCUUAACGAUUUAACACUCGGUUACAAGUGUAAAAUUGUUAAAUGUUACUAGGGAAGUAGAAUUGUCACAAAUUUAACAAGAAUGGGGGGGGGGGUGAGAUUCCUGUGACGUAAUUUACGGAUGGCACCUUUGCAAGAGAACGCACCUCCUCCCAAAGCCGUCGCAACCUAAAAAAUAAAAUUAGAAAAAGACGUUUCCUAUGUAAAAGACGUUUCAAAUGAAUCCUAUUUUCAUUUCUUACAUACCAAGGUUCAAAACUAAACGAUUCCAACUACACGUUAACACUAAUUGAGUUAAAAGUAUGAUGAAUUCUGAAAAUUAGUACAAAAAAUUGUUUUAAUAUUAGUUUAUUUUGUGUGAUGUUUAUGAGCGGAGGGGAGGUGCAAUAAAUUAUCCCGAUUACUGAACAAUAGCAUGCUUAUGCGUGAUCAAAUUACGAAUCAAUUGAAUUAGAUGCAUUAUGACAUAUAAAAGAUCUUACAAAAUGUAAUUUAUGGGUAAUCAUAACAAA